UAGAAAAGAAGAAAAAAGGAAAUAUUCAUAGACGGGAAUUGACUGAGAAAGAAAGAGAAAAAAAAUGUAUGUGAAAUUUUGGUGUUGGUGAGAAAGGAAGGAAGGAAAGAAGCAAAUCCAAGCAGCUCUGCAACGACAGCCUAAAAGAAAUAACGAUUAUUAGUAUUAUUAUGAAAUUUCAAAUGCUGGAAAAAUUCGAAGGAAAGCGACGGGCGAUCUGGCAGUGAAUUACCUGGAGCAUAAAAUGCGUUUAGAUCCAGAAAAGGAAGCAUUUUUGGCGUUGUAAACUGGCAUUUAAUCUUGGAAUUCGAGAUCUUCUUUGAAGAAAUUUUGACUUGAAUAUUUUAUUUUUUUCGGUUUCUGGUGAGUGAAGCUGCUGCUGCUACUUUGCUCAGUUCGCUCCACCUCAUUGACUUGAAACGGUGAGUUUUUGCUUUGUUUCUUCGGUGGAAGGGUGUUAGAAGUUGAGGAUGAGUUGAAUUGGAGGGUUUUGAGUGUGAUGGAGUGUAGUAUUAGUGUGUUGGGAUAAUAUGGAAAGAAAUCUAGGGUUUUGAAAUUGUAUUUCGUGAUGAAGGAUUCUGUUUUAUUCUUGUUGUCAUAUGGUUGUUGAGCUAAUUAAUUUUGAAUGUUGCAUUUGCUUUAAUUAAUGUGAUGGUAUAUACUAUGCUGUGGCAUUUGUUUCUGAAGAUUUGGUGUUAAAUUUGCAUGCGUGGGGAUUGAUUGUCGUUGUCUCGGGUUGCUAGAAGUGGAGCUAGUUUUGGCUAGUGCAUUUGUUUGGUUCUUCGUUGGAUGUUCGUUUAUAGGAAAUUUGAUUGGAAGGGGGUUGUUUUGGUAUUAGUGUUGAGGAGAGGUUGCAGUGAUUAGUCUGGAAGUUUAUUUGUAGUGGAGGAGAUGCCGCCUUCUCCAGCAUUGAGAUACUCUCCUGGGAGAGAGCCAAGAGCUGACAAUCAUAAGCGAGGGCAUAGCCUUGAAGGUGGAUCGCUCCUCGAAGAGAAAGAUGAUGAUCUUGCUUUGUUCAAUGAAAUGCAGUCUCGAGAAAGAGAGAGUUUCUUGCUUCAGUCAGCUGGUGACUUUGAAGACACGUUCUCUUCAAAGUUGAGAUACUUCUCAGACUUCAAACUUGAAGUUUCAAUCCCUGUUCGAGGAGAGAAUAGUGAGCUUCUUAAUAUAGAUGGGGAGAAGGAUGACUAUGACUGGUUAUUAACUCCGCCUGACACCCCACUUUUUCCUUCUUUGGAUGAUGAGCCGCCACUAGUUAAUGUUGCAUCCAGGGGCAGACCACGUAGUCAACCCAUUUCCAUAGCAAGAUCUUCGACAAUGGAGAAGAGUCACAGGAGCAGUAGGGGCAGUGCAAGUCCAAAUCGCUUAAGCCCUUCCCUGGGUUCUGGUAACAGCACAUUUCAGCCAAGAGGAAGGCCGUCAUCAGCACCUCAUUCUAGUCCAACUCCCACUCAACAGCCUGCCACUCCAUCACGUAGGCCAUCUCCCCCUCCAAGUAAAGCCUCAACAUCUGCUCCUAGGUCUUCAACUCCAGGGAGAAUGAGCACAGGAUCAGGGGCGAGGGGAACUUCGCCCAUAAGGACAAGUAGAGGGAACUCUGCCUCACCAAAAAUAAGGGCAUGGCAGUCAAAUAUCCCUGGGUUCUCCUCUGAAGCACCGCCAAAUCUUCGCACUUCUGUAGCUGAUCGGCCAGCAUCAUAUGUAAGGGGUUCCUCUCCAGCAUCCAAAAAUAGUAGGGACUCAGGCUCAAAAUUUGGCAGACAAUCAAUGUCUCCAGCCUCUAGAAGUGUUAGUUCAUCACACAGUUAUGACAGAGACCCAAUUAGCUCACACAGCAAAGGUUCUGUGGCAUCAUCUGGUGAUGAUGAUGUGGACUCUUUACAAUCCAUUCAUGUGGGUAGCUUAGACCGCUUGGCUUCGAAGAGAAUUGGUGGCUUUCCUAAUAAUAGAGCUCCUGCAUUAUCCAAGAACUCAACUAGAAUAUUUUCCCCAAGUUCUGCUCCAAAAAGAUCCUUCGACUCUGCUAUUCGUCAAAUGGAUCAUCGGAAAAGUCCUCAGAACAUGUUCAGACCACUUUUAUCUAGUGUCCCCAGCACUACCUUAUAUGGUGGAAAAGCAAGUUCUGCACAUCGUUCUUUGAUGUUGAGGAACUCCUCUGUUACAACCAGCAGUAAUGUGAGUUCUGAUCAAGGUGCCAGUGCUGCAGCAGAUACCAAGGGAAGUUGCUGCCACCAGGAAGAUAUGGCAACUGAAAGUGGCAAGGUUCCAUACUCUGAUGCUCUGGAAGAGGUUUUUGCCUUUGAUAAGGCAGAUGCAUUAAGUAAGGAUGUCAGGCAUGAUGCAGAUGAUAGUCUUCAUUCUCGGCUGCGUGACUUUCACAGAGACACCACAAUUGAACAUGAGCCUGGUGACUGUGAGGAGCUCAGACACCAUGACAUUGAAAUCAGUUCCGCUUCUGACACUACAUGUGUCAAGGCUGAUUUUUCAGAAGUUGAUAGUCUAGAAAACACAAAAGUUUGUUCGAAAUGUGGUUGCAGGUAUCAUGUUAUUGAAACCCUGGAAAAGGAUGUGAAUCUAUGUCCUGAUUGCUGUAGGCAAGACAACCUUGUGGGUGCUGCCAUUCCAGACACACUAAUAGUAGCCGAUGAGAGCCUCCCAGUGCCAUCUAUCAAGAUAUCUAAAGAAUACAAGCAAUCUGAUGAGCCAGUUACCCAGGUGGAUGUGCCUGAAUUACAGCCACAAGUUAAUGAUUUGGAAUCACAAUUUGUUGAUAUGGUUGAUGCAAGGGUUUCCAGGCAUGAAGACAGAGUUAAGCAAAGCAAGACUUCACACCACGAGCAAAAGCGAUUUUAUUCCCGAGAAAGUUCUCUUACUAGGUCUUUGAUGGAGGGAAGUGAACAUAGUAUCAUAGGCCAUCAUGAAACAGGACAACCACCUGCUGCUUAUAGCCUUCCUGGUGGAGAUGCUGGAGAUCAUCAAUUGCCGCACUCAAAUAACUAUCUGAGUUUGAAGGCUAGUGUUUCAGAAGGUGCUGGCAUUUCUGUAUUACUCAAGAGGUCUAGCAGCAGCAAGGGGCCUGUUGUUCAAGGCAGGACUUUAGUUGCUUCUACCAUUACUUAUGAUGAUUUUUCGUAUGCAAGAGACAGUGCAAACAGUUUGAGAAGCUCCAUUGGGUAUGGCAGUACAUCUGCAUCAUCCUCAAUUGAUUUCAGCUCUGGCAGACACGCGGAAACACGUGUUCAACGACAGUUAAGUGGCAGGAAAUCUGACCUGGAGAACUACCGAUAUGACCUAAACUCAAGACCUCAAAGCUCUUCGUCAUCUUUUUCUGGAACUUUAAGUGAUGGUCACCAAACUCUAGGUCUUGCAACAAACAGACAUGAAGAAAAUGUUGAGGUUACUGCUGGCAAUAUGAAAUAUGAUAGGUUGGAGGAAACACCUGUAGCUUCUCAAAGGAUAUUGCUGGCUUCAGAAAAUAAAGAACUGGAUGUUUCCCGUAUAUUUUUUACUGGUGCAAAGGUUCCUGAAGAAGAUUUGUUUGAGCAAAAUGACAGUAAUAGGAAAACUGAUAUAUCUUCCUCAGAUUUGCCACAUCAUACAGUUGGCAUUCACCUGGAGGAGAAUUCAGUAGUAUCAUAUGAAAACGGUGAAGAUUUGCCAAACAAUGCAGGGGAUGUCUCAGAUUUAGAAGCAUCAGCUAUUCCUCUAGAGCCUUCUGUUGAAGCCAAACAUAGCAUGCUGAAUACUAAUCUUGACAGAUUGGAUGUUACUGAGGUUACUACUCAUAGUCGUCUGGCUUCAAUAUCAGAAAUAGAAGCUGAGAACAAUUGUUAUGGUACUGGGUCAGAGAAUGAUGAUAUAUCGACAAAAUCAAGGAGCACCAUGAAUGAAGUUCAGGAUCACCAAGUCCCAGCAUCUUCAGAUAAGGAAACAGCUGCUUCUGUUUUGGAACACAACAUGCCAGAUCAUGCAGAUGGCAUAUUAGAGGAGUCAACCAUAAUGGUCGACUGUCGAGGAAGGAGCAAGGCAAGAAGCCUAUCCCUUGACGAAGUAACCGAUGCAACACUUUUCUGUAGCUCCAUUGUUCAUGAUCUGGCCUACCAUGCUGCAACUAUUGCCAUCGAAAAGGAAAGUUCAGAACCAUUGGAAGGUUCUCGGCCAACAGUUACAAUUCUCGGAAAGUCCACUGCUGACAGAAAGGAUCCACGUGGAAGACCUGCUGGAGAACGAACUUCAAAAUCCCAAAAAGUCAGGCAGAGGCGGGCAGAAACAGAUGUCAAACACUCUGCCAACAAGACUGAGAACGAUGAGAAUUCCAAUGAAUCCAUGGUGCGUAAUGUUGGGCUUCCCAACGAGAUGGACAGUAUGAAGCCUCCGAAGCUAGAAUCCAAGUGCAAUUGCACAAUAAUGUGAAUCUUUCAUUCACGCUGUGUGACUCUGCUACCUUCUCCAGCUGCAUGGAGAGAUGACAAGUGCUUGUAUACGAAUAGUUUUUGUGUUCGAAGGGCUGCAUGGACCGCUGCCAAUUCAUUCAUGUUGAUUCCAAUUUAUUUGUAAGAAGCACCACGUUGCGGUGGUGACAUAAUUGUAAAGGUUGUCGUUAGGUUGAUAUCAGUGAGGCAGCGGAGAUUUGUGUUUGCCCUGCCCCAGGUGCCAUAUUCUUGUUACUUAUCCCGUCUGAUUCAAGUGCUUCGGUAGAAAAAGUGUGAAUGAAACCCUAAUUUUUCUA